AUGGAUAAACAUGACAUUAGACGCGUGGAGAAGCCGAAAGUUUAUACACCUUAUAAGCGUCAUCGCACGCACGUUUUGAGGUAUAAAGGUUCUGUCAUCAAAAGUGCCAUAAUUCCCGCUAUAGUUGUCGCAGCUGUGGCAGCUGUCUUGGUUUGCUACUCACCUAUAGAACCAACACCGCCUACGACAG